AAGAAGCUUUUUAUUCCAUAUUUGAGCUUCCAACCUUAGAUCAUCAUCUUUUAAAACCUCCCAAUUAUAUAUUUAAUCUCUUCAAUAAAAUCUCUCAAUUAAUCUUUAUAAAACCACUUCAUCCUCGAUAUCGAUAUCGAUCUCAACUCUUCGUCUGGGUUUUGUUACCCUCUUCUUUCCAGAGAAUUUAUUCUGUGAAAAUGGACGAAAGCUCAGCUUGUGAAGGUUCAGGCGACAUGGAUCAAAGAACAUGUCCAAGAGGGCACUGGAGGCCAGCAGAGGACGAAAAACUUCGUCGUCUUGUCGAGCAAUCCGGGCCCCAAAACUGGAAUUCCAUAGCUGAAAAGCUUCAAGGGAGAUCAGGGAAGAGUUGCAGGCUGAGAUGGUUCAACCAGCUCGAUCCAAGGAUCAAUCGAAGGCCAUUUUCAGAGGAGGAAGAAGAAAGGCUUCUUGCAGCUCACAGAAUCCAUGGCAAUAAAUGGGCCCUAAUUUCCAGGCUGUUCCCAGGAAGAACUGAUAAUGCUGUGAAGAAUCAUUGGCAUGUCAUCAUGGCAAGAAGGAAAAGGGAAAGAUCUAAGCUAUCAGGAAAAAGAACAAGCCAAGAACUUGAUAAUGUCAUCGCCGAAUCUCCUGGUAACUACAUUUUCCAUCGAUCCAAGAACCCAACAAUCCAGGAAGAUUUCGCUUCGAGAAUCAGCUUUGAUAAGAAUACUAGUGUUUUCUUCGAUCACCAUGGCCAAAACAAAGAAAAUUAUUGGAAUGCAUCUUUGUGGCCUAAUCGAAGUUUCUUCGCAAGAAAAACUCGGCCGUGCAGUACAGCAUCGAUUACGGGUUUGAAUAGUUAUAGUAGAAAUUUUUCGGUCUUUAGUGGCUACGGUGGUGGUCGUGAGGCAUUUGCAGCCUUCGACAUUUUAAGUAGCAAAGGUAGCGUAUCGAAACCCUUGAGAAGUUAUUUUGAAUACGGGAUGGGGAUGGGGAUGGCGAAUGCGGAUUCGGACAAUAGAAAGGGCAAAAAAAAUAGUUUGUCUUUUGGCAAGACAAGGAUAAUUAGCACUGAGAAAGAGGUAGAAGAUCAUAAACCAACUCACAAGAAUGAUGUCCCCUUUAUAGAUUUUCUUGGGGUGGGAUUGUCCUCUUGA